CAGUGAUAUCACUUGGGCUUGUAUAUCAAGUCGCACAGAUAGUUCACAUGGAUGGUUCACAGUAGUUCUUGAGUACAUCGACACACCCGAGAGCUCCUUCAUGCAGUCCUUAGUGACGUUGCUCAGCGCCAAAAACUCGAUCAUGCUUCUGGACUCCUUGACAUUGUACCGAGCACAUGGACCUAUCUUGACCUCAAUUAGUCAGAUGAAAUCGGUCGCGUUUCCAGAAGAAUUAGUAUAUGCUCAAACAACUGAAGAAAUCCAACUUCCUACAAGCCUUCAAAACGAGUCUUUUGAAGACAACAUAAAUAGACAAAUUGGAGAGAGAUUAGAUGAUAGUCAAAUGACGGCUAUGCAGGUUUUGUGUCAGAAUAGAUUGGCAAUUGUUCAGGGACCCCCUGGUACUGGUAAAACGUUUAUUGGCGUCGGGUUUGCAAAUUUACUCUUAAGAAACGUUCAGCAUAAGAAUUCCAGUCGUGCCCCAAUAUUGGUUUUGACUCACAAAAAUCACGCUCUGGAUGAGUUUUCAAAAGCGAUUAUCGGCAAAAUUCGACCAAGUUCUGCCAAGGGUGAUUUCAUCAGGCUGGGAAGUCGGUCCAAAGAAGAAUCAAUGGAAAGUUAUCAAUUGAAAUGGCAACUGGAAAACCGGACAGAUUUCGAGCAUCAACUGAUGAAAGAAAUAGAACUGACCCAAGCUAAAAUUUCAUCGAGCUUCAUUAGUUUCCAAAACUUAAUUCAAAGCGCCCUUUCGGUCGAUGUGAUUUUGCGAUUCUUCGACAACUUACAGCUUCUUAAUCUGAUUAAAUACAAGUUGGACUCAAACUUUCCCUCUUUCCCCCAUAGGGGCUAUGACUCGAAAAACUCGGUGGUUAAUACCCUUUUUGAACACCUAGCCAACGGAAAAUACUAUACCAGCAUUGAUUUGAUAAGGGAUAUAACAAGAAAAGCACUUGAUGGUUGGCUUCCUUCUGAUCAAACUACUCGUUUUGAAAUUGAGAAAAUCGAAAAAUCCAAAAAAAGCAGAGAGGAGUUGAAGAGAAAAGAUAAAAUUGAAUUUGUGAAACUUGAGAGUCGUUACGAAAAAGAGGAUAAUUUCGAAGCAGACAACAAAAAUAUUGACGAUAGACUUGAAGAAAGAAUUGCGAAGAUGGAAGAAAUUGGACUUGGCCAGCAAGAGUAUUUGAAGGUUGAUGCAAAGUUGGUCACUCCUGGGAUUGAUCCUUACAAACUUGAAAGCUUGCAACCUGUUUGUCUGGAAUAUCUCGGGUACUCGACACAUUGUAUGGCUGCCAAUUCAAACUUGGCAGAAUUCCGUAGUUCUCUGGAUCCCUGGAGCAUUUCCGAACUGGAUCGGCUGAAAUUAGUUCAGACACUAGUUUUCAAACAGCGUGAAACUUUAAUUUCUCAGAUGGAGUCGCAUUAUGAAAAAUUGGAUAGUUUAAUGAGACAGAUGAAUAAAUUACGACUGAUGCGAGAAGCUACGGCGUUGAAAAAAGCGAAAGUUGUUGCUAUGACAACAACAGGAGCGGCCAUGCGCAAAGAUUUACUCGAAUUAGUGAAACCCGAGGUUAUCAUUAUUGAAGAGGCGGCCGAAAUCAACGAGGCACAAAUUAUCGCGUUUCUGGGAGAGCAUGUUAAACACCUGGUGCUGAUUGGGGAUCACAAACAGCUGCGGCCUCAAAUUAACUGCUUCAAAUUGGAGAGGGAUUUUAACUUUGAUUUGAGUAUGAUGGAGCGUCUUAUCAAUAACCAGAUACCGUACACAACUCUGGCGGCUCAAAACCGCAUGAGACCAGACAUCUCGAAGUACCUCCUGGACAUUUAUCCUGAAUUGACGGACAGCGAUAGGGUCCACAGAAACCUUCCAGUUUCGUGUCUGAGUCAGAACAUGUUUUUUUGGGACCAUGAUUUCGAAGAAGUCGGAGGUAGAAGUUACAGUAAUCCAGAGGAAGCUCAAGCUGCGAUAGACUUGGCAAUCUUCAUGACUCAGAACGGCUAUCAGCAAAACCAGAUAACCAUUCUUUCAGCGUAUCAAGGACAAGCCAGAGUUUUGAAGACUUUGUUGGAGAAAGACUCGCGACUGUUCACGAAAGAAAUUUCAAUCUCGACUAUUGACAUGUUUCAGGGCGACGAAAACGAUAUCAUUAUUGUAUCACUGGUGAGAAACAACCGAAACGGAGUGACGGGUUUUCUGGGAAUUCUCAACCGGCGAUGCGUAGCGCAGAGUCGGGGGCGGUCUGGCGUGAUUUUUAUCGGCAGCCAAAAAACACUUCGAUCCAACCCUGCAAGCAAAAAAGUGUGGAUCCCAUUUCUGAAACAACUGAAAAAUGACGGUUGCUUCGGAGAAGAACUGCCUUUGAGGUGCCACAAGCAUCCGAAUGUCAGUCAUGGAGUGAAAGUUGGCGACAAAUUUAGCGAAAAAUUCGUUUGCAAUGAGCCUUGCGGGUUUCAAAAUAACUGUGGCAUCCCAGAUCAUAAAUGCGCAUUGCCCUGUCAAUCGUCACAUAUAUAUGCGCACUUUACUUGCAAAGAACUCGUAGAAGUAUUCUACGUCUGCGGCAUUCACACUGGGGUCAAAAAAUGUCACGAAGACGCGAGGCGUUUACUUUGCCCAGAACCAUGCGAAUUUUAUUAUCACACAAACGGAGUUGAUUUCGAUUCAGAGCCGCAUCCUUGCAGGGAACUAUGCGGUGUACCACAUGAACAUGUAGCAUGUCUCGAAUGGUUGAAAUUUGAAUGCCCGACGAAACAACACUUCAUUUCGAAGCAAUGCUUUGCCAGAAACGAGCCCAAACUGUGCACUCAAACUGUAAAGUAUGUAGACCCUGCUUGUGGACAUAGUGGGACAAAAUUAUGCCACGAGGACAUUGAAAGCAAAAUUUGCGGAGAAAACUGCGAGAAAUUUCUGACACCAUGUGGUCACCAUUGUCUCGAAAAAUGUCAGCCAAGUCAUUCACACAACAAUGAAGAAACGAAAUGCAAAACUACUGUCAAUUACAAUUGUUCCUUUUGUGAAAGAGAAGGCAUUAAACUUUGCUAUCAAAAAGAUUCGGAAGUUGCAUGUAAGCAUGAAGUCAAAAUUGAUUUCAGCUGUGGACAACAUUCAAUGACAGUUGAAUGUUACAGACGCGGCCAGAACAUUGCAAUGAGUUGCAUGAUGAAAUGUUCCUUAAAACUAUCAUGUGGCGAUCCAUGUGAAGAAAUUUGCGGCAGUGAACAUUCACAUGAUGGCUCGAACUGCCAGGUGACGAAAAACUUUGUUCACAAACCAUGUGGAACACAAUUGGAACGAAAAUGCUUUCAAAAGGAAAAAGACAUAACUUGCACUGGAAAAUGUGGAUACAAACUAACUUGCAGCCAUAACUGUCCAUUGAAUUGCGCUCCCGAUCACUCUCAUGAUAUCGUGAUUUGUCUCACUAAAAUAGAAGAGCCAUGUCCGAAUCCAAGAUGCAAGAAACCACUCCUCCGCAAAUGUCAACAGUCCAUAACUGAUGUAAUUUGCAAAGAAAAGGUCAAAGUUGUGAGAGAAUUAUGCCUUCAUUCGACUGAGGUUGAAUGUCACUUAAGCAGUGAUCAAGACUCCUUUCCACCGUGCAAUGAGAAAUGCAACGAAGACUUGAAACAAUGCGGCCACGAAUGUUCGAAAAUCUGUGGAACGAAGCACGAUCACAAAAGUUCCAAGGACUGCAAAGAAAUUGUCGAGAUAGCACACAAGCCUUGCGGCAACACAAUGAAGGUUAAAUGUAAUGACAGCAAAAAAGAUCACAAAUGCGAGGCAUGCAAUCGUGCGGCAGUUUCCAUCUCGAUGAAAGCCGGAACUAGAAAAGCAGACAUGAAAGCCGAACCUGCGAAAUUAGGAGAGAUAGAAGUACAGACGACUCAAAACCCAUCAAAGACUUCAAAAACGCCCGAGAAUGGAAAUCAAAGAAUCAAAACAACGAAUACAUCAUCCAAAUCGGUAAAAAUUUCAGAACAAAACACACAGAAAAAUUGUGAAAAGUGCAGCGAAAGUUGGACAUCGGGGAAAUGUGAAAAGCCCUGUAAACUUAUUUUGCCAUGCGGCCACAAGUGCGACAAAAAAUGCUUCGAAGUUUGCAAACAGGAAACUUGUGGGACAUGUUGUGACAAAACGCGUAAAAACAGGAAGAAAAAACGCCACAGAUCUGCCUCAAGAAACAAACGCGAUCCGAGCACGACUUCGGAAAAAUCACGCAAAAUUGACGAGAUAAGGCGUGAAAUUGAGAAUCUGCCUGACAACAGACUGCAGAGACUUGCUGUGUACCAAAUUGACCCUGGUACUUUUGACGAGCGCUACGAAGAUGUCGAAAUUACUCAAAUGUACCAAAAAAUGCGAAAUAUAGCACAGGACUAUAUGGAAAUUAGUGAUAGCUUAGUUCCUAGGGUGGAAACUGUAGCCACUGUACAAAACAUCAUGGGCUGGAAGCUCUUUUUGCAAAAACAAAUGCUACUAAAUAACCCAAAUGAUAGAAAAACGAUGGGAUUUUUUAGCAAAGAAAGUUCAGCUAAUCCUGAAAAAUUCUGCAAGAUUGGUUUCCACGAAGCUAUUCAGACAUCUUCUAAGAACUCAGUUAUUUUUUCCGAAACUAAAAUAGUUUCAGACAUGCCAUUGUCUCACGGUUCCAAAAUCUCUAUUUUGAUUUGUGAAGUGCUUAUUGAUGAAGGUGCAAAUCGUUCGGAUCAAUACAGUAUUUCUGAUCCAUACAAAAUAUUUGUCUCCGGAUAUGUAACCUUCUCCUUGGAGCCACUGAACGAUAUUCUGGAUUCACUUUAUGAUGAGCUGAAUGCUUUACCCAUAGACCCCAGAAAAGAGUUCUUCUUCACUGAUUCCCAACAACAAAUUUAUGAAACAGUUUUGUGGUCUGUGAGAAAUUCAAAAAAUAUCAAACUUAUUGAUUUUGGGAUCGAGAAAAUAUAUGCAAACUUCAACAGCGGUGCCCUGAAAAAAUUUGAUAAAAAACUAGAAAACAUUGGUUGCAACAACAGUAAACUGCUAUUCUACGCUGAACAAAACGGAUACCAUGAAGCACAAUGCGGAAACGGUAUUGACACAAUUGGUGUUUUCAAUAUGGAACUAGACGGCAAACAGUUCACCCAAAAGGUUCCCAUCUCUGAAUCAGGAAAUAUGCCAAAAAAAUUGCUGUUGUGUCGCACCGCUAGGAGAGCAGCUGGUAAAGGUGACGCCGCGAGAGUCGCACUGCCGUUCAUUUUGAUUGUAACCAAUUGAGAUCCGGAAUAUACUCAUCAAUUUUUAUAUACUAGCAAUAUUAAUAUCAACAAUACGAGUACUAAUCAUAAUAACAGAGCUUAUUAACAAUGAGAGCACUCGGAUAUCUCGUUAUGGCACGAAAAAUCGAAGGACUGGAAAGGAGCUCCGCAAAUCAUAUUGGAAACUCCUGCUAAGAAAAAUCUACAAAAAACUUAAGUCUUUACGCCUCACAGAAGUUGUUCCUCAAAUAAAAACAAACUUUUUGUAGUAACUAUUUUACAUAUUAUUUAGUUAUAUAUUUACUAAU